UUGUUGGUUAAUGAUAAAGAAGCGUAAUUUUUGCAAGUUUGAAGUUGGAGGAACAGAGAGAGAGAGAGAUAGAGCCUGCGCGUAUGGAGGAGAAGAAGGGUGUGGAGGAGCCGAAGAUCGUGUGGAACAAGAAGCAGAAGAGGUUCGAAACAGAGGACAAGAAAGCGUAUCUUCUCUACGAUCUCAGAGAUGGUGGCAAAGUCAUGGACAUACUUCACACCUUCGUCCCUCCCAGCAAGCGGGGCUUGGGUUUGGCCUCUCAUCUCUGCGUCUCCGCCUUCUCCCACGCCCGCUCCAAUUUCAUGUCCGUCAUUCCCACCUGCUCUUACGUCUCUGGGACAUUCCUUUCUCGGAAUCCAUCUUGGAGAUGUGUCGUGUUUGACCACUCGGAGGGUCUCGAAUCCAAAAUAUGAAUUUGCUUUUAAGCAAAUGUAUUUGUAAUCAUAAUUUAUAAACAGUUGCUUUCCCUUCUAAGCUUUGUAAUUACUGUCGCUGGAAGUAGUUUUUAUGAUCGUCUCCUAUUUAUAGGGCAAUGUGUUAACUGCCUGUACAAACAGUUCAUAUCCAUCUCAUCAAUCUCUGGUCAAGUUUUAAUUGAA